AUGUUUGGAAGACCAAGAUGCAGAGAGUGGACACCUUUAACAACUCAACAAUUGCGUCUCCGCAGCUUAAUUCAGAUCGUGGGCUACAACAUAAGACCGCCAGAGUGGUGCACACACCAGUGCAGCUACUACCUGACACUCCACCAUACAACGAUGUCGGCACCUUUCUAUACAAGCGAGAGGAUUAGUUCGCCACACCCUAAGUGGAAAGAGAUUGAUUCUGAAGUUACUCAACGCAUGUCCUCUACUAAUGUAGUGAUACGGAUAUGGUGUCACGUUCUUUUACCGACUUCUAAAGAAGAUGAUGAGAAAUCGGAACAGAUGCAGGAUACUGUUAUUGAAACAUGGGGUGUAUAUUUUAGUGGACUCAGAUAUAUAGGGGCUAAUUUAGCUUUAAAUUUUACCUCAGAUUGCUUUAAAAGCAACACAUUGGUUUUCCAAAUGCACGGGGGUUAUUUUUGUUCUUAUAAAAGUUUAAAAUUAGACGUUAUCCCGCCGGAAAGUGAGUUAGAACAGGGAUCACUGUCUUCAGACUCUUCGGGUAAAACAAACGUGUCCAAAAUAACUUUAGAUUGUGUCAGAGCAUUACACACCAAAAAAUUGAUAAAAGAAUCUAGAUCAAUAUCACCUGGAAAGUUUUCCAAAAAGUCCGAGAAUGAAUAUUCUAAAAGCCACAGUCCUAUAGAAAGAGGUUUCAAACAAAACUUCCCUACUCUAAAAUCAUCGUCAAGUUCGAACUUAAACCACAGAGAUAGGCGGGAUGAUAGUGUUGAAAGGAAGAAAGUUGAUCCUAACCACAUAUAUGAAUAUUCACCCGAUAAUAUAGAUGUUAGAGAAUUCACUACCAGUGAUUUAAACUGUGAUAUAUCAGCGUCCCAAGAGGUGCUAUGCAAUAAAGUAGAUUUGAGUGAAACAGCGGAAAAUUAUGAUUUACGUAACGAAUCCGAUGGUGUGCCAAAAUACAGGUAUUCGGCGCUUAACUUUCUAAAAUCUGAAAUAAGGCCAAGCUAUAACGCAACUAAGUUACAGAACUUACACUUAUUGCAAUACUCCAUUAAAAAAAAACAAGAGGCUGUGCAAGAAAUUAAGGAGAGGAUUUACAAAAAGUCCGCGCUGACUGAUAAUUUUUCUCAAGAUUCCGAAUUGAAAUUGAAGGUCAAGAGCAAAUCGCAUAGGAAUUUGUUUUCGCCGGAAGAAAACGAAGCGUUGAACAAAGAAAAAUCGUCGUCCCAAAGCGAUUUGAAUGUUAAAAAUGGGAAAGUUAGAGAGGACAAAACUCCGAUAUCGAACGGUCCUCGGCUAACUUUGAAGUUAAAUGAUCUCCUAUCUUACAAGUCUAAGCCUUCUCCUUUUCAAAGGGCAGAGCAUGUGAGACUUACGAAACAAUUAGAAAUAUUACAUUUUAAGAGAUUGAUACUCUCUGAUGAGAGAGACAGCAAAUUAGCAAAUAUAAGAAGACUGAAAGAGAGGUAUGCUAAGUUAUUUGAAGAAAAUCAGGAUAUCGGUACAGAGUUAAUGCAGAACUAUCACACACUCUCGCGUCGUACAGAAGCUCUGAAGGAGACGAGAGAGUCGUGUUACGCGCUAAGGGAGUUAGCAGCGAGGUCCCACGCCGCUCUCGCGAGCUACAGGAGUGAUAUGUUGCUACAAUUGCAUAAGAUAUUUUAUAUACAACAGAAAGACGCAACGACAUGGACAAUAAUCGACGUGCCACUCCCCAUCUGUGGGGAUGACAACCCCCGAGCAUCGAACCCGGUACCAGAUGCCGUAGCAUCGGGCUUCGUAGCACAAGCAACUUCCCUCACGGCGGCCAUUUUGAAUCAACCCCUAAGAUACAAGAUAACUUUAUUAGGUUCGGCAAGCAAGAUAUUAGAUAUAACACCGGAUUUGCCAGAUCCUAAUAUCCCGCUAUUCGCACGAGGAGGCGAUAUAACUUUGUUUCGAUACGCGUUGUUCUUAUUGAACAAAUGUAUUGCGCAGUUGCUUUGGGGCAAAGGACUCUCCAUACACGAUAUGAGACCAACUUUAGCUAAUUUGCAAAAAUUGUUAACUACACCAAGUAAUUUAUCAGACACCUCAAAGCUUUUUGGAACUUACCGAUGGCUUUCCGACAGCGAGUGUCCUAGAACGCAGUCCCUUAGAAGUUUGGUGCCUUCGGAAAGGAAAUAUAGACAAUUCAAUAGAUUUAAAGAAUCCUCAGAUCCUCACACUCCCCAAAAAUGUUUGAAUGCCAAAAGACACAAGCAUUCUAGAAGCGUCGGUAGUUAUCAUGAAGAUCAAGAUUCAUCAUUAAACGAUUCCACAAUAUCGAUAAUGGGAAGCGAAUCGAAUAUAUACAAUAUGAAACUAUCGAAAUUAGAAACGAAUCAAAAUCUGAAACAGCAUAAUUCAGAUUCGGAAAUAUCAAAAUUAACAGACGGACGGAUAGACAAAGUGCAAUUCACAUUAGGGGAUGAAGAGAAAUUAGUUAGAAUAUCAAGUAAUAAUGAUGACGAAGUGACAUGUUCUACGUGUUUAGAUGAGAACGUUAAACGUAUUUGUUCGGAAAUAAACGAUUUCUGUUCGAGUAAAAAAAGCUAUGAGAUUAAAAACAAUAUAGAUAUCGCUAAAUAUAUGGAGAGGAAAGCGAGUGUUGAAAUCGAAAAUGUUGAUAUUUCGUGUGAAUCGUGCGAUAAAAGUGGUCGUUGUGAUAUCGCAUGCGCUAAUAAUGUUAGGGACGUGAUUGUUAUACCUAGUGCGGAAGCCAUAUUGGAUACGGGACAGAGUUUGAAUUUGGAACAGGAUAGC